AUGUUCGACUACACCAAUCUUCACCACGUUUUUACUGAAGGGGUAGCCAACCCCUACGAUCGCGAGACCCAGCGAGAAAUCGAGACGUCUCGCAAGAGUUUCGAUGGCGCUUUGUUUAUUGAUCGCGUUCUGAGAGCUGUCGGAAUCACAAAGGCAAAGAUAUACCCUCCCAAGACCGAUAAUGCCUUGAAGCAGCUGCACCAGCAGGUUUGCGAAGCCAACAUGUCCACCCACCACAAGUUCUCCAUUUUCUACUACAUUCUUCUCGAUUUCGACCGAACAUCAGGUCGCGACAACGUUUCCGACGCUUUUGUGGAUGCAUCUGGCAUGCCUAAGAAGUACCAGAUCUUCAUGAAGGGUCUGUGGUAUCUCGAUCAUCGAGACUUCUCGAGAGCGCUGGAGUACAUCUCGCACCCUUCUCUUAUACCCGACUUUGCAGAUGAUAUCAUCACCGUCCUCGUUCGCUCUGCUGAGGACCACGAUUACAGUAUUGCUCUAUCGUACUUUUAUGCCGUGCAGCCUAUACUCAAGACGUCUGCUGCUCUUGAGCUCCUCUUCAAUGCCAUGGCGCACACAAAUAUCUCUGAGGCUUUGUUUUACUCCCGAACAUACCCUCCCCACACCAGGGAGAUGCUCUUCAGUCAAUUGAUUGCUGCCGUCUUGGAUGGCUCAAGUGAAGACUUCUCGGACCGAGCCACUGAGCUCGCCUUCUUACCCUUCGACAAAUCUGAGGAAGCAUGGUUCGAAGAGUACCUACUCCAUGGCAACGGAAAGAAUCACAAGAAGGCCAAGGACACACUUGUCAUCCGUAAGAUCGCUUGCGACCAGUUUGCUGAGGUGUCAAAGAUCCGAAAUGGCGGCCAAUGGUCUGGAAUCUUAGAAGGUAUCAAGGGUGGAAUCAGUGGCCAUGCGGAGUAG